AUGACCUUGCUGGCAUCAGAGCGCUCGCUGCUGAUCAGAAGCAAAUUCCGCUCAGUGACAUCACCGCUGUUUUUUGCUAGCAGCGGGAACCAGCUAGCAACAGCAGCGGUAACGUCACUAAGCUCCAAGUCGGCCCUGGAACAGAAGAUACAGCGGAAGAUUGCAGGAGAACCACAGCAUGGAACUGGACCAGUUCUUCAAUUGCGAAUGCAACAUCGUCGCUCACAAGAACAAAUGUCCGAACGGAACCUGAUGCCAUCGGUCAAUAAAACACAUACAAAUUUCCCAGAGCAAAAUGCAACUUUGGGACAAAGUAAACCUGAGGAUUUCAUGAAGUGUAAGACUCAGAACAAACUCCACAAAGUGACUGCUGUGAAGAUGCCUUUUUCUGAAGAUAGUGCAAAUGAAUCUGAUGAGCUUAAAGAGAAAAAAGCCCGCUUGGCUGAAGAUUUGAAUGAAAAAAUUUUACAUCGUCCUGGACCUUUAGAACUUGUAAAGAAAAAUAUCCUCCCUCUGGCAAAUGGGAUAAAAAAUGGAAUCCAGAUCUCUUCAUCUUCUGACACUUUUUCCUUUGAUGAUGACAUCACCAGCUCUUCUUCCUCAUCUACUUCCUUUUCACCUCGCUUUGCUCCUUCUCCUGGUCUUUCAGUUAACAUGUCCCCAACACCCACAAACAAUGCAUUUCAGUUGGAUCUUCCUCAAAUAAUUGAGGUGAACCAGCCAAUUGCAGGAAAUGUUGUAGAAGCUGACCCAUUGGCAACCAAUAGGCCAGCCAUCCAUCAUUCAGCACAGACUUCAUCUGGAAUUCCUAAGGUUCCGGCUAAGUCGUCUGACAUGGGAAAGAGCCAAAGGCAAAAAAAGCCCAAAGAUUCUAAACCCAAGGUAAAGAAACUUAAGUACCAUCAAUACAUUCCACCAGACCAGAAGGCAGACAGGUCUCCAGUUGCAAUGGAUGCAGCGUAUUCUCGUUUGCUACAACAGCAACAGAUUUUCCUCCAGCUGCAGAUACUCAACCAACAACAAAACCAAACGUUUUGUGUUCAAGCCGUUCACCCUCUGACAACAAGUAUUUCUGCAGAUCAGGUGAUAAGCUUUACAGGAACCACACAACCUGGGGCACCAACCAUAAAUCUCUCAUCUGCUUCUGGCACAGCCAUGACGCCAAUGCCCAAUUCACAGACAAACUCUCCUCUGAAACCAGAGAUGUUGCCAUCAAAUUUGGAUGAUCUCACAGUUUCAGAAUUACGCCAACAUCUACGCAAAAGAGGUCUACCAGUGUCAGGAACAAAGCCAGCUUUACUAGAACGCCUUAGGCCAUACCAAAUCCCUCGUACAAAGACCAUUCCAGCCCCUAUUCAAAGUGCCGGCUUUUUAACUCCAGUCAUUGAUCUGCCUUCACUACAAAAUCAGUCAACAUGUGAGACUACUCCCACUGCACUUUGCACAUUUCGGAAUUCCCCAUCACCAACUUAUGCUGAGGGUCUUCAUGACACAUCUGAAACAGUUUGUAAUGUUAAAGAGAGUUCGGAUACACAGACACCAAUUCAAGACAAAGACAUGACAUUUCAGGGGAUUGAUGAUGACCAAGUUCUUAUUGAAAAGCAGAAAGUUAUUGAAAACCUGACAUGGAAAUUACUCCAAGAACAAAAACAAGCAGAAGACCUUAGAGUAGAAUUAGAAAUGCACAAACGAUUAAAAAACAGAAGAAAGAAUGACAAGUUGAAUAGCAGAAUAUCUAUUAAAACAGAAAUAGACGAAUCUGUGACAGUUUCUUGUGCUAAAGCACAAACCGAAGAUGCACAAUAUCUAUAUAGUCUGAAUAGUGACCGGCCUGAAUUAGCACCACCUGUGCAGGAGCAACUUAUGAGCCCAAAAGUUAAUGAAAACUUUAUGUCUAUGUGCCCUACCACAUGUGAAGUAAUUGGCCAGGACUUUGAGCUUCCCAUGCAGAUCACUGCAAGUCCAGAAAGUCCUGUACAGAAGCCUCGGUCCUUUGAGGAGGAACUUCAGGAGGCCAUACAGAAAGCACAGAUGGCUAUUUCUCAGUCAAUUGAUGACAUCUUAGAAGAUGAGCCACUAUUACGUACAGAUGAAUUAAUGCAUGUUGAUACAGUCUCAAUGGAAGAUAUACAUUCUGACAAUUAUCAUCAAAAUACAUCACCUGCAACCCAAAAUGGUAACUUCGUGAAACAGUGUUACAUUGAUGCUCAGCCACCCUCAAUUAUGCCCAAUUCUGGCAUCCUAGAAUUUCCUGUGUCUGGGAAUUACGAUUUCCUUUCUGGUCAAGAUAGUCUUUCAACUGUCUUUUCUCAAGAUCAUCUCGAAAUGCCAUCUUCACCAGAUCACCUAGAAAACAAUAUGUCUCCGGCAUCAUCUUCGUCGUCUUCAUCUAGUGCUGCUUUUGAUCCAGCAGACUGGCUAGAAGCACUAACAUCAGGAUCUACUUCCAAUUUUGGUCCUAAUAGUCCUGUUGGUUCUAGUAUUUUCUCUACUGACAUUUUUGACUCACCAGACUUAAGUAUCAACAGAAUGAUUGAUUUAAUGGUGGAGCAGUGGUAA